UGUUUCGUUUAGAUAUCAGUCAUAUGAAGUUGGUGUCUGAUGUCUUAAAAGAAAGUCACUUCAUUGAUGCUGACUGGUUUGAGUUAGGAAUGGGAUUGAACCUACCUUAUCCUGGCCUGGCAAACAUCAGAGCUAGAUUUACUGAUCCUUCUCAGUGUUUACUGGAGUGCUUGAGCUUGUGGUUGACUUCAGCUAAUAAUCGUACUUGGGAAUCAUUAGCUAGUGCACUUGAGAGAAUGAAUAAAAAACCAGCUGCUACACUCAUCCGUAAUACAUAUGAUGAUCCUGCUAGUCAGAUAUUGCAGCAUUACAGUGAUAGAAUAUCACAAGUAUUUCUCACUGAUAGUUGUAUCCAGUUGUUAUAUACAGAAGGAUUAAUCACUGAGGAUACACAAAGGAAGAUUGAGAGAUGUGGUGGCUCAUUAAGUGAUGCAUUAAGAGAAUUAAUGAUUGCAGUAUCUGAUGAUCACAGUAAGCUGAGGUCACUAGGAAAUAUAUUAAUGGAAUUAGAGGAGACUAAACCUUUAGCUCAAGAUAUUAUUCAAGAUUGUGAUGAAAUGAUUCCUGAAGCCAAUAGUAUUGAAAUUGAUGAACCUAUGCCUAAUGCCCCAUCAGUUGAAGAAGUUUUUGUUAGUGAAGUAUACAAUUGUCGUUUUGAUGAAGUUCGUGUUAAGUUUGGUGACCUACGCUACAACAUAAUACAACUAGUAGUGGAGAAUGUACCUUCAACUGAUGAUGUUAAGAAGUACCUUGCUUUCUGCUUUCCUGAAGUAAAAGAAGAGCUAUCAUCAGUUGGUUCAGUUGAAGAAGUCAUGAAUAUUGUUGAGAGCAGAUGUAAUAUCAUCAAUAUUGUACCAAUAAAA